AUGUCUUUACCUAAAAACAUGCAGAAGCUGAGUACACCUGACCAAAUGGAUACGCUUAUGUAUCCCAAACUGGUCAACAAACCAUCUAUUGAGAGAAUCAAGCAAGACCUUCUAGACUGUAUGAUUCAGUUAAAACAAGAGUUCCUAGAUUCAGGUGUUCCAAUCACGGAUGACUGCCAACUUCUCCAUAAAACUUGUGCGAAGCUGGAAUACCUGCUCACCUAUGAAAUGAAAGAUCACAUCAGCAUUAUGGGUCGUCGAAAAAGUUAUUGGGAAUAUUUCUGUGAGUGCCUUGUUUCCAAUAAAGGACUUAAAGAUGGUUUGAAAUAUGUAAAAUCUCUUAAAGAGUAUCAUACAUCACUUGGAAAAGGUCGAGCAUUAAUUCGUUUUGCUCUUGUGCACAAACGUCUUGCUGAUACUAUACAACAGUGCGUUUCUAAUGGCCGUGUAACUAGUGAUUGGUACCAUCCAUCAUCUCCCUGGUUGCAACACAAGCAUAGUUCAGUUCUCAUCAAUGCUUUGUAUGAUCUAAAUGAUGUGAACUUUGACCUAAUACCUACUGGUUAUGAUUUGGACAACACAUGGCCAUCAUUUGCCAGGAAGACACCAGGAAAUUAUACAUGGAAUCCACCAAGCAGAACAUCCAGUAUGAGCAGUCUGCUCAGUAUAACAAGCCAACACGAUUCUAGCCUGAUGAGUAAAGUGGAUGUUGCUUCCUCAUUCACUGAAUCAGAAUGCAUGUCUCCAAUUGAGGAUGAAGUUAGUGCAUCCCAUUCAGAGCUUCUUACCAAGAUUGAAGAAUUGGAAGAAGAGAAACUUACAACAGGUCAAGAAGUUGCCUCAUGGGUUGAGAAACUUAACACAAUGAAAGGAAAAUACAGCAUCUUGCAGCAAAAGUAUGAUGACCUAAGUAAAAACUACAACUGCACUCAAGAAGAGAAAGAGAAUCUGGAUUUUGAAAGGAGAGACCUGCAAGUAAAGCUGCAUCAGCUUCAAGAAAAGUUAACUGAAAUUGAACAAGAACAUGAACGAAUAGUUGAGGGGAAAUUGUCCAUGAUUGCUGAGUUGAAACAAAGAGAAUCUAGCCUCCUGCUGGAAAUCCACCAGUUAAAAUCCGAGCAGUCAAAACAAACCGAAAUUGGUGAGAUGCAGGCAGACGGCAGUGAGUGUUCGAAAGAGGAACUUUUGAAGAUGAAGUAUGAGAAGGAAAGGGAGUUGUCAGAAGAAAAUAGCCGUUUGCAACAACAAUGCAAAAAUGUUGAAAAAUUACAACAGAUGCUGCAAGAACAGAGUGAUGAAUUGGCUUACUGCCGGCAGCAAGUGGAUGAGAAAGCUCAGCUGGUUGAAAAAUAUCAAAAAGAGUCACAGCAGUUAAAACAAGUCUUGGACACAGUCCUGGAUACAGAAAAGGAACUACAAGAAGAAGAAUAUAAGAAGCAGCAGGUCUACUUGCAGGAAUUGUUAGAAAAAACACAGACUCAAUUAAGAAACUCAGAGCAGCAGUAUAAUUUGCUGCAAGAGAAAUACCAAGAGGUAAAUUCAGUUUAUGAAGAAAAAUUGAAGGUAAGUUGGGUAAUAGGUUUUCAUUGUUAUUUUUUAGUCUUUUUUUUUUUUUCUUUCCUGCCUUUUGCAUAA